AUGGACCGCGGAUUCGGGCUCCAGCCCGAGUACAACCACCAGCAAUGGCAACAGGACAGGAACGAUCCAGCUCAGUACUUUCCACGCAACACUCAUGCACUGCCGUCGCAUGCAAUGGGUCCUCCGAUACAGAUAAUGGGUCCACCGAUGUUGCCUUCCCACAGUCAGCACAACCACAUGCCAAUCUGGGUUGGUGGUAUGCCACCGCCACGUUUGCAGGCCACGCUACCACCACAUAUGCACAAUGCUUCCGUUUCCGAUUCUGGGAACUCGAGCCAGCGAUUGGUCAGUCCGCAGGCCACGCCACCACCACGGAUGCGCAAAGCUACCGUGUCCUUUGCUGAAGACUGGAACCGGGACUUCUCCAGUCCGCAGAGAUCAUUCCAGUUUCCUCCAGAGCCGUAUCGUCAAGACUCUGUUCCGCACGGAGUGGGCAACUUGAGUCCAGGGUAUUAUCAACAGCAGCAGCAGCUUCACGGCCAGCAGUGUCGCCUACCACAACAGUCGCGCCUACCACAACAGUCGUCGCCGCACUUGAAGCGUAGCCGGUCUGAACAACCACAGCAGGACUCUGAGCAACAGCGACCCCAACAGCGCCAACGCGUGCAGUACCUGGAGAACCGAAAGCUCGGGCUCCCUCAGCAACAAAGAGCCCACCAGCAGGGCCUUUUCCAGCAAGGACAGGCUCACCAGGCUCAACCUCAACAGCACAAUCAGCACCAAGUUGUUCCACCGGAGCAGGGUUUGAGUAUCCGGCCGGACUCGAUGGUACUGCCGCAACAGCAGUCUUUCCCGCCGCAACAGUACCCGCGGCCUCAGCAGCAGUCUUUCCAGCAGCCUCCGAACUGGACGCCACAGCAACAACGCAACCUGGAGCAACAGAAUCAGCGGCUAUUCCAAGAUCGGCGGCUAUCCCAACCUGAGCAGCACUUCCAAGCUGAACAGAACUUCCUGGCCGAGCAGGCUCACCCGCUCCAAUGGCAGCAGCGUCAAGUUCAGCAACUCCCACAAGUGCAGCAAAUGCAAGCUCAGCAGCACGUGCAGUUCUCACCACAGCAGCACCUGCAACUCCCGCAUGGAAUUUCACCACGCCAGCCCUUUCCACCUCAGCAGCACAUGCAGAUUGUGGGAGAAUUCGCACCUCAGCGGGAGUUCUCACCUCAGCAGUUCCCGCCUCAGCAGCAAUUCCAAGCUCAGCAAGCUCAGCGGCCACAGCAGUUGUAUCACAACCACACUGUCCAGCCAGAGGGCGUAAACCCUAGUCCCAGUCCUAGUCGGCCCUCUGCCCUCGACCGCAUCGACGACGACCUCGUCCUCUCACCAAGCGACUUCACCGUUGCUCCCCUCACCGCACGACAGCAGCAGUUGUUGGACAACACUCCACUAUUCGACUUCAUCCGUCCUCGACACGAGUGCCCUGGGGAGUGCCAACAUCACCCCGACUGGAUCAUCUGCAUCUGCCUGGCCCUCGAGGGACUGGAACACUUCACUCCCGACUUCACUCCCGACACCGACGCCGCCCAAAGGCGCGAUGAAGCCAGGUCGCAAACAAUACAGAUGGAACACGGACCUGGCGCAAGCGUCGGCGUGCUCGCUGCGUCGACAUCCACCAUGCACGAUAACCCCUCGUCCUUCAACUUCACCCCGCAAGAGCUAGAUGGGAUGCCAGUCAUGACGGAGGAAGACUUCAAACCACAACAGGAACAUUCGUUCACGACGCCGGUUCGACCGCCGCCCGCUCUGGCGCAGUCAAAUUCAUGGAUGGAUACUCCUGCUCAGGUCACUGACCAUGGCGUGCCGAGCAACGUUCGCGACAGUCUUCAGCAGGAUCCUCCACAACCUUCCGACAUUGCCACCAGUGCCGAAGCGAAUGACCAUGCAUUGCAAAGUGAGGAUAUGGGUCUCGCCUUUAACGAUCUGAUUCAGCCGGAAGACGACAGCUUUGCCGUACCAGAACUACCUAGCACUCCGUCGCACAUCGAGCCCACCACUGCCGCACAUUCUACCGCCGCCGCGACGCCCGAGCCCACCACGGAAGAGGCUUAUGCUAUGCUCAAGUUCAGCGACUGUCAUUGCUACAUUCGAUCUCUCAACCUGGUCAUCGUUCGCGAUCAAAACUACCUCGACGCAUGGCACAGCGAGAAGAAGCUCAAUAGGAAGCGGGCCAAGAAUGCUCAACGCAACGCGCGUCGUGCGCUGGAUGACUAUGCGAGGGAGCCCAGUCAACCGUCACAGUUUGGCUCACAAUUUGGGGACGACGAUCCUUUCGGAUCCGGAGAAUCGUUAGAAGGGCGGCCGGAACCGCCGGGUGCGCUCAGUAUUUUCAGCGAGCAGGGCGGUCCUGUCGCCUACACCAAUCCGCACUCAGAAGACGGCGAAGAAGACCUGAAUACAUAUCGUCGACGACACCGCAAGAACAAUCAGUCCUCCUCCGCCAACUCGAUCGCGCCGCAAAGUCUCAUUGCCUUCGCCGAGGGUGACCUCCUCCAAACAAGCGAACACUACACAUCUAACGGCGCCCUCAACGACCCGCGCGAGUGGGCUCAGCUUCCCGUCCAUCCGCCAGUCCCAGAAGAUAUCAAGAAAAUCUCCCGCGAGCAUCUCAUCAUCCACUACAGCUCCGAGGCCGAUCGAUGGCUACUUGAUGUCAUCGGGAACGGUGCCUAUGUGAAUGGCAUUCAAUACGUCAAAGGAGACAAGGACCUUGAGCUGAAUCACGACGAUGAAAUCUUCAUAUCCAGUCUCGGCAUGAGAUUCAUGCUACCCGAGAAUGUGCACAACGAGCCAGUGUUGUCCGAUGAGGAAGACCAAGACGACGCCGCGCCGCGUAUUGCAGACGGCUCGAGCAUUAGCCCAGCCAGGAGGUUGUCCAACUUAUUCACGGAUAGUGAACGCGAGGACGAGGCCGAAGACGAAGAUCAAGCCGAAGAUGAAGCCGAGGAAGCGCCGCAAGAACCCAGGCCGAAGCUGAAGCUCAAGUUGAAGAAGUCCAAGUCCAAAGAUGAAGCAGUGCCAUCAGGCAAAGGCAAAGGCAAAGGUGGCAAAGCGCCCGCUGGCAAGGCUCCCGGCAAGGCUCAAGCCAAGAAGGAUGUACCGAAGCCCGACGUGGCAGACAAAGCCGAGCAUCAGCCUUCAACAACAACAACGGAACCCAAAGUUAUCGAGAAGGAAGAGCCGUCUGCGGAACCAACGGAGUCGCCUGUAAAGAAGCUCGACAAAGCCAAGGCCGACAAGCCUGGCGAUACAGCGCCAGCCGAGGGCACGCCCACAGCCACGAUAACGGAUCAAACGCCACCAGCAGUACCUCUCAACAUCGAUCCGACAUCGGUUCUGGCCAAUCUCGCUCCCGAUCAGCUGCCUGAAAAACGAAAAGGUCCUGGCCGUCCACCCAAGAACGGACUGCUCUCAAAGCGCGAUGAGUCCGGUGUCAAGCGGAAGACGAAGGAGUUCGAAAGGAAGGGAGUCCCCAUCCCUCCUCUUGAGGCCCUCAUCGCCAUGGUACGACAAGAGCAGAAGGCCAAAGACGCUGCCAACAAAGCCCAGGCUCGUGGCGAAGCGCUUCCCGACAUGCCAAUGCAAAGUAUUGAAGCAUCUGGGUCUGGAGAUGUUGGUGAGGGCGAGGCGGGCCCUUCACAAGUCCACCGUGGAUCGCAGCAGAUGGAAAGUGGAAGUCCCGGACAAGCUGAGCGGAGGCUAUCACCGAGGCUACCUCGACCGAUCCCUCGAGAGGCGUCGCCCAUCAAACCUGAAUCUGCAUUCACCGAAGAAGAAUUGAAGAAGCCUAACAUGACCUACAUUUACAUCAUCGACGAAGUGCUGCAGAACAUUGAAGGUGGUCAAGCAGACCUGCAAGCGAUAUACGACAAGAUCAUGAAGCGUUGGCCAUACUACAAGUACAAGGUAGGCUCGCUGGGAUGGCAAAGUAGUGUGAGACACAACUUGCUCUCCUGCGAGCGCUUCCGAGACGCUGGAAAAAGUGGCAAAGGCAAGCUGUGGGCCAUCAAUCACGAACAUCCUCUGGACAAUAAAAAGAGGAAACCAACGCCUCCACCGCGACCUCCAGUGCCCAUGCAGAAUCAGAAUGGCGGGCAGAACCAAUAUGGACAGCCUCCCUUCAAUGGACCAUACCAGCAACAUCCGCCCGGGCAGAACGGGCAGCCGCCCUUCAACCAGCAUGGUGCUCCAGGAUCCAACGGCUACCAUCCGUAUGGCCAAGGACAGAAUGGGAACUAUCCGCCCGGGCAGAACGGACCCCUAGCUGGUAGACAGAACGGCGGAUAUGCAAAUGGUGCCCAAGGUUCGCAUCCGCCUCAACAACGUCCGCCACCGCCACCAGCUCCGGCACCGCCUGCAAACCCGUUUGGCGCCGUGGUACAGGCUAUUUUGAAGUAUCGAAACGAGUACCUUGCGCCAUAUCCCGCGAACACGCCGCAACAUACCCACCAGACGGCGUUGUUCGACCGUGCAACCGACUACUACUCAAACCUGUACCACGGGGCGAACCCUCCGCCGCUCGCGCCGACCGAGGCAGAACAGCAGCCGUUCCGUGGAAUGAAAGAGAUCUUUGAAAGACAUGAAUAUGUGUUUGGCAAGAAGACGACUACGCCGGCCACGAAUGCUCCACCGGCUGCUCAGGCUCCUCCGGCCAAUGGACAGACAUCGCAGCCAGCAGCUGUAACGAAUAACGGUGCAGCAAGUGCUGCUCAGGCUCCUUCGACUAAUGGAGAACCAUCGCUGCAACCUACUGCAACCAGCAACAAUACAUCGAGUGCUGCGCCAACUGCACCUGCUGUGGCAAAUUCCAAUGGUGCAGCUCCUGCGCCGGCAAAUGCAAACAGCAGCGCGCCCGGAUCUGUACAACGCGGUACACUCAGUGGAGGAUCGACCGACGUGAGAAUGCAGGACGCCGGCGCCGCGACAGUAGCACAGCCGGUAAAACCACCUCAAGUGCCCGCUGCCGCGACGGGAGGUCAAACAUCAAAUCUGCCUGCUGCAAGUUCUGCGGGCUCAUCGACUGGCAUGCCACCACCACCACCUCGAACGGUCACACCCGCGGCACCUCUUCCAUCAACGGCUCCGGCUACAGUAUCUACGUCUCAGCAGUCUCAAGCGACGCCACCCGCACCGUCAGCUAUCACUCAGGUGACCCAGCAGCAGCAUUUGCCGGCUUCAGCGCAGCAUUCUCGACCGCAGGCAUCUGGUCAAGCGCAGCGACCUCAGCAAUCGACGCCUUCCGGAGUGCAGCCGUCUCGACCGCAAGCACCUGUUCAAGCGCAGCAGGCUCAGCAACCGUCGCCUGCCGCAGUGCAACAGAUUCAGAAACCACCAGAAACGGUAGCGCGACUGCCUCAGGAACCAUUGACCGCAUCGCCGCAGCAGCCGCAGAAAAAGCCGCAACAGAUUCAGCCGCCGCAACAAGUCUCGUCUGCCGGAACACCUGCUCCUAAACCAUCUGGGGAGGCAGCAGUGCCGGCGCCAGCCACUGGGCAAAAGCCGACCGAUCCUCCACCUCCUGCUCAGGCAUCGAACGGAAUAGCGGCACCGUUGCCGCCUGAGCCAAAGCCAAUUGCACCUCCUUCUCCCGUACCGGCUCCGAUGACGGGGGGCACGAAGCGACCAGCAGACGACUCUGCCCCGCUUGAAGGUAGAGGCGAGAUCGAGGCGAAACGGCCGAAGACGGAAUAG